AAAGAAAUUUAUGUCUAACGACUACAUAAGUUAUCGCUUUGCUCCUGCCAGUACUAACCAGAAUAUGCGUCGACCGAUUUUGACAUGAGCCCGUGCUAUAUAUUCGCCAUAUUUGUCGCUUCGGAACUAUAGUGUCCGUAGCCGCAUCGCAGGAGUAUAGCCUGUUUUCGGUUUCUCGGUGCCUUCCUCGUUUAAUGUUCCCGAAGCCACGCUGCAUAAGAACAAGGGUGAGAGUACUUUCCUCGUCCUCCACGCGCAUCGAUUCGGGCACUAUCGGCUACGACGGGGACAAAGUACAGUGUUGCGCCGGGAAGAUAUGUGCACCCUUUGAGUAGAAAAUAAACUUAAAAAGAAAAGAACACAUAGAACGGAGGGCCACAUUUAGCCACAUGAAAUAAGCGCGAGCCUUCAUGUUUUACUGUCGACGAAGUCUUUCACAUGGCGUGCAACGUGCCUAGAAGUCUGCCGGCCGCAUCCCCACCACGUGCGAGGCACUGAGCGGCACCGAAUGGAGAAAGAAAACAGGAGAGAAUGGCGUCAAAGUAGGUUCACUUCCGAUCGUUGGCUGUGUGACGUCAUGGUCCUGGUAGUUUUUUUCCUUCCUCCACAUCAGUAUCGACAGACGACGACGCAAUCCGAUUAGCCUCCUCGCCCAUUCAUUUGAAUCGCGCAUAAGUUCCUCGCCGACGGCAGCAGAAUUGUCCUCAUCGUGGCCCACGCGUCGCUCACUUCAAUGCGGCCCCGGCUGAGACGGUUCACAGACCUGGUCCGUGUUUCACGUGAGGAUAAAAGCCAGAGCUGAAACUCCUAAGUGUACGCGGGAUUUGGACGUCGAAGUCACCCAAAGUCUUGGCGUUUUACAGCUAGACACGUCGUCGUCGCAGUUGCAACGCGCGCGCGUGUGUGAGUGACACCAGUAUGCAAACGUCGUCUCCUUCGUUGCUGUCGUACAUUCGCAACCUGUGCGGGUACGUCUGGUCCCUGCGCGAUCCGAGGAUCAAGAAGUGGAGCAUCCACAGCGACGCUCGGUUCGUAUUUCCGGUCCUCAUCGGGUACGUGUACAUAGCCAAGGUCGCCGGUCCCCGCUGGAUGAAGAACCGCGAAGCUUUCAACCUGCGAGGAGCCAUCCUGGCCUACAACUUGGCUACCGCUGUCGCAAGCGCCUACUUCUGCGUCCAGUACGUGCGCCACUCGUACCUGCAAGGCGGCUACAGCCUCUUCUGCCAGGGCAUCGACUACGAGAAAAGUUUUGACGAGCACACGGCGGCCAUCGUAAACUUGAACUGGUGGUAUUCCUGGGUCAGAAUCGCCGACUUCCUGGACACGUUCUUCUUCCUCGCCCGAAAGAAAAACUCCAAGGUUACCAACCUUCACGUCAUCCACCACUUCCUGGUCGUGCUCAACGCAUGGAUCUACACUAACUUCGGUAGUGACGGUCAAACGCUGCUGGGCCUCUGCGUUAACCCGUUCGUCCACGUCAUCAUGUACUCCUACUACUUCCUCGCCGCCCUGGGACCUACGGUGCAGAAGUACCUGUGGUGGAAGCGCCACCUGACCCAGCUGCAGAUCGUGCAGUUCGUCGGCCUCAUGAUGCACAUGGCCAUCACGCUGUUCUACGACUGCGGAUAUCCGAGGGCGCUCGCGCUGUUGGCGAUAUCGCAAGGAUUUUUGGGGCUCGGGCUGUUCGUCAACUUUUACGUGAAGACGUACCGAGAAGCGGCGAAACGGAAGGAAAAAGAGCUGUGA